UUCUCGCUUCUGCAGCAAACUGAAUAGGACCUGGCGCAGCUGGCGCACUGGCGUCAACUGACGCCUACGUGACGUCCUCGCAUGAAUUUUCUCGUCUGUACAAACAUUUGAACGCACCUGCGGCGCCCGCGGUGCUGUCUGUCUUUCUGUCGAUGUGGUUUCUUUCCGGUGUUUCACACCUUCUUCUUCUCCCUUCCUUCCAUUUUACAAUGUUUGUUUACGCUCUUCUUACCGUCACGUAGUGGAGGCAUGUGUCAACGUACGACAGUUUUUCGCGACGAGCUGAUUUGACGCUAGCUAAGAGAAUGGUGUCGCUAGUUUUAUGGGUGACGAAGUUUCUGGCGAGGCAACGGCUUCUCUUCGCAUCGUUUAUCGUUAUCUGGAUCGUUGGCAUGGCGAUAACCAUAUGCUUGAUUGGACGCACUGAUGACGCCAAGGCCAAGCAUCCGGACACCACUGCCGUAUUGUAUAAUGCUGGACAACACAACAUGCAGCUGUCCCACAGCCUUACCAAGGCGAAAGCGAUGAAGUAUUGCAACCCGUACAAUAGUAUAUCACUUUGGCAAGAAGGUAAAGUUCCAAGCAACAAUUUUACUUUGGAAGCUGUAGCCAUAAUGGUGCGGCACGGAGAGCGCAUGCCCUUGCGGCGAGUCCGCAACCAGCACCUUCUUGGCUGUCGCCAGCCUCCAAGCACGAGCUCACCUUCCAGCUCCAGGAGCAGCCCCUUGCAUUCUUUCGUCUCUCUCAUAAUGAAGCACCCCUUACUCCCGCUGAAGAACAUCUUUGCCACCAUCGCAACCCACCCGAACCAGAGCAACUGCAUGGAAGGCCAGCUAGUGUGGGAGGGUGUAGUGCAGCACGUAAACAUGGGGGCCAGCCUCCACGAUGCCUACCAUACCGGACCAUGGAGGCUCUUGCCAGAUGACUGGGAUGCACGCUCCGUCAAGCUGUACAGCACCGUCUUCUCCCGCACGUACCAGAGUGCCCUGGCGUUCCUUUACGGCUUCCUGCCAAAGUUCUCAUUCGACAGGCUCCACCUGGUGCCCUCACGAGACAUCAACUUCUGCAUGGGACCGCACUGCGCCUGUCCGCAGCUCAAGACGUACGAGAGGCUCUUCACGCGCAAGACAAAGGUCAUGCUCAAGAACCACCUGGCCGUUGUGCAGCUGCUGAAUACGCUCGGCAAGGUGCUCAGCCCGCAAGGGAACAACUCGGAGUUUGUCGCGCCAAGGCCAAUCAUGGAUGGAUUGAUGGGCUUCGUGUGCCAGCGCAAGCCGCUGCCCUGUGCCGACCAUCACUGCGCCACAAUGGAGCACGUUGGCAACGUCAUCUCCUACGUGGACUGGGAGGGCCGACAGCUGUCUCAGGACUUGUCUUUUCGCCGGAGCAGCAUUCUCAAGGCACACUACCUGCUGGCCCGAAUUCACAGGGGACUGCGUGACUUUAUGGAUGGCACAUCCAAGACCAAGUUCUUGUUCUUCUCUGGUCACGACAUUAACCUGAUCCCCGUGGCGUCGACACUUGGGUUUGACGAUGGCACCAUUCCCCCCUAUGCUUCCCGCAUUGUCUUGGAGGCAUACAGCAAUGCCAAGAAAGAGCGAUUCAUAAGGGUCCUUUACAAUGGCAAGGAUAUGACCCGUCACACACACUUUUGCAAGAGCAUCCGUGCUGGUGUCGACAUGGAGCUAUGUCCGUUUGGCAAUUUCACCACUUUUCUGCAACAGGAUGUAUUCAAGCUGUUCUCGGCUAAAAGUUUUGCGGCAGCUUGCGGUCUUGAUGGUGUGCGCUCUACGCCUACUGCUGCAAGUCCAGUCUGAAGAUCAAGAUUUGAAUUGCUGAAGCAGCUCUGAAAGCGCAGUAGUGCAUUUGAGUAUGCCAAAGUGCGGUUUUCACAUAUUUGUGGGGAGACGACAGACGAGCCUUGCUGCAGUGUGAGGUGCGUGAUAUUUUGUUGCCAUUGUUCCUUCAGCCUAUAGGCUGCUGGUAACGAUGGCCGUGCAAUCGCUUAUGAAAGCUGUGAAUUAUAAGUGAUGGGCGCACUGUCUUAAGCCGACAAAAGAGGUACAGCAUUGAAGGAAACCUAUGGCAUGUUCAAAAAAUGCAGUUAGCUUCUCUUUCCAACUUCUGUAACAUACAUCUUGUCUCAGGAAGCGUAUAUUCCCAGAAAGUUUUUUGGAACAGCUAUAGAACUCAUUGAAAACCUGAUGUCAUGUUAUUAGGUUGAGACGUGCAACACCACAGGCCACAAUGAGUGCUUCGGGCUGUUUAAGUGCUUCGAUUUGUCGGCCAAAGAGUGUGCAUUUUUUUUCUUCUCUGUUGCAUUUUAAAGUGACUUCAAAUAGGUACGUCCAGCUUAUAGGGGCUACCACCCUUCUGGGUUGCAUUGUAAAACUAGAUCAAAUAUGAAAGCCCAGUUAAAAGGGGCUGCUGACUCCAUGUGACUUACGUAAUCUCUCCCGGCAGCUCAUGAGGGAAAACAUAGGACAUGUGUAGCCUCAUUUGCUUGCUUUAUUUUGCUUAUAUUUCACUGCUAUUGGCUUUUAUAUUCAAUUUGCUGUGACAAAAUCCCAUUUGAGUGCUUUUAACUGAAUCUUAAAUGUGUGUUCAUUUAUUGCUGGGGCAUUCUCUUGGGCUAACCUUUUAACACUGCUGACUCUUGCAUCCACUGAUUUCAUGUUUGUUAUCUUCUUUAUAAGACGCUGCAUAAGUAAUUGUGAUUGUGAUGGCUUCGCACGCACAAUUGAUCCCAUAUUCCAGCAUCAUUCUUGUUCUUUGGGCUUGCAGGUGUGACAGCAUCAAAAUAAGUGGCACUUUGGUGUUUGUCACGCCAGACAAGAUUAAUUUUCUUGUUUGGAUGCACACAGCUUUAAUUUGUGUGUUAGAAACCAGUUACACAACUACUUAUCAGUUUAAUUAGCGCAGUAGAAAUGACGAGUCUCCAUUUGCAAGGAAAAUACCUGUGGUUAGUAUUUUCUUUCCACAGCAGUUAAUGCUAACUGGUUGUCAUAAACAUUCCAGUCUGCCCCUAAACUUAACAUUGAACUCCCAUUAAACACCGCCAAAAUCAAAAGAAUAGGAGAUCAUAGUUUCUACUCUUUCGUAGCUAGGACCGGGUAAAUUCAUGCUGCUUUUAUAAUACUUCUGUUAACUGAUGACACAGGCAUAUUAUUGUCACUUCUUGCUGUGGAGUUAGCCUUGGUUCUUGCAACGAAGAUAUUUAGUUUUUUAACUUUCUAGAUUGCUUUUUUCGUUGUGUAGCAGAAUGGGGCCAACUCGCCAGUGGCAGUACCUCUGACGCAUUGUCAGCCAUUGCUUAUGUGCUGGAGACUGGGAUGGUACCCUUGCUGUGUGAUUUCCUUUUUUGAUGUGCUGUGAUAUGUACAAUUUAUUAUAUACGCUGACAUACAGAUGCAUCUGAAGUGAAAUUAUGUUGUCAAUUACGCUUGUCCUGCAGCUUCCUGUGUGCACUUGCCACUAAAGAGUGCUAAGAUUGUUCGUUACCCUUGCUACUGUUUACCCCUCAAUAACGCAGCAAACAGACUGGCCUUUGUGCUAGUUUUACCAUGUUGCCAUUGCAGCAGGUGCCAGCUUUUGGGUGCAAGGCCAUCUACCAUACCAUAGUUCAUGGCAGACCACGCUCCUCAUCAUGGAACCUUUGUUUGGUAGCUCACUAUGAGGCUACCAAACCUCUCAAAACUUAGCUGCUUUCUAUAAUGGUUGAUCAGGAGUGAAGGAAUUUAGCUCCUUGCUUAUCACACAGCUCUCUUCAAAGGUGCUGUUUCCUUCCAGCAUCUGUUUUUCACAAAGUAUCGCACACUGUGGGUAAAUUGUGUAAACAUUUUCAGCUAGCUAGGAGGAAACCAUGCAUCCUCACAUUACACUCUCCCCCUUUUAACGUGAGUGACAGUUUCCCCAUUGUCAUUUCAUUUUUCUGAAUUCAUAUGCUGGAGCAAUAAGAACCUCCUGAAACACGCCAUUGUACGAGUAUGCUUGCCAUUAACGGCAACGAAAGCUAUGGCAGAGAUCCACAAUGAGGCCUCAACACCUGGCUCAGAGUUUCUUCAUACCUAAGCAUAAUGGGGAGGCAGUGAAAGGUAGCAAGUGUGCUGUGUCAUAAGAGAUCAGUCUAUUGGGCAUUUCGAACAAACAGCUGAACCAUGAUGUUACUUCUUAGAAAAUUUUACAGAGUACAAGCUUCCUUUUCUUAUAUCUAGUCAGAAAUGGCUUGGGAAUGAAAUUUUAAUCCUUCACUUCAUAGUUAGCUUUUUUUUUUUUUUUAAGGGAUGAAGUGACAUAUGUUAUACAGAAGGACAUGAGAUUGCUGCGACAAUAGGUCUGAACGCGUACAUUUCAUUGUGACACAGCGGCUCUACAAGUACUUUAAACUGCCUGAGCUGUAACGAGUACAUAUUUGUGAAAUGUGUGCUAAUUUUUGUACACAUGUGUUAACGUGAAUAAUAUGUACAGACUGUCCAAGAACAAAAAAAAAGAAAAAGAACCACACUGCGGUAUAUUAUGGCUUACUGCAGUGUUACAAGCUGUAACCAAUUAAAAUGUGAUGUUGUGUUUUCUUUUUCUUCUUUUUUUCUGCAUAGGCUGCUUAUGCUAUACAUAUGCCAUGUUGCACAUGUAAGCAUAUGUACUGUUCUACAAAAGCGGCACUCUUCGCCAGCGCUGGGCAACACUCGAGGCAUGAUCUGUCCAAAUUGCUCUGCAUAAAUGAAGUUUGCUUUGGUAUAUAUCUUGCAGUGUGCCGGAAAAAAAAAAGAUAUCCUUCUAGAGAAAACUAUUGAACACCUCCCUGAGGUCCCACAGACUUGAUUACUUGGGUGCCGACAUGCAAAAGCUUUCAGCUUUCACUAUGUGCCCUGAUUGCCUGACAUAGUCUGUUUCGCACCCGAGCUGUAUCACGUUGCCAUCGGAACUGGCCAUCUGGGAUAAAUACUUGUGCCAAUGAUCUUGAAUGCCGCAGAAAGAGAUUCAAUGGGCGAGAUUGCUCUCACCCAAAAUCGGCUGCGGUCUCGGUGGUUUUUCAAGAUUUGCAACAAGUUUGAUGCGUGCCGCCAAUAUGCAUCAGAAAGGUUACUAAUCAAGAAGUGCCAUCGCAUGGUUCCUAAUUUUACGCAACUCAAGGGCGCCACGCCAGCAGAAGUAGUUUUUAUGCCUUGCGUUAGUAAUCUUACUUCUGCACUUGUCCAAAUAUCGAAAAUCUCUGUCAUUGUGCAGGGAAGUGUAGUUGCUGUGCCAAUUACUCCGUGAUGCAAUAGAAAAGCUGGCACGUUACAUAAUUCUGGAGAUUUUGUCAAUUUUUUGUUGGUGUAUUUUCAUACUGAAAGGCCUUAUGUUGAUUUCGAGAAGCCAAAUGCUGACUGCAGCACAACAGUUGGGUGAAUGUGAAGGGUACAGAUUUUACAGGAACUGUGGUAUGGCUCAUGUGUUCUCAGAAAUCGGUGGCGUUUCACUUUUAUUCAGUGCUUGUAUGUGGAAUGUAUUUCAUUUUUUGAGAGAGAAAACGCAAUUUGUGUGUCUGUGUCUGUGCUCCCUUUAGUGGCAUUUUUCCCUUGCUGGCUACGUUCAGAUAGACGUGCUGUCUCUUGUAGCCCGAAAAAAGAUUAUACGGCGAUAAGUCCAUAUUGUAUAUGGUGCUUAUACAGUUGCGUAAAACUCAUCACGUUGUGAAAGCGAACAUCGAUGUAACUGUGUAUAUACUGGUUUCACAUGCUGUCCCUGUUGAUGUUGUUAACAUGGGACUUGCUGCCGAGCUCCAAUUUUUAUGGAUUGCGUUCCCUCCAGUUAGAGAUGGCCAUUGCGCUCUACUUUUACGUAUAAAUUUAAGGCAUGACAAGUUGGCACUGUCACUGAGGUAUAAUUACAAUCACUUCUUUAUCUCUAAAUAUUCAAUUCAUUUAGAUGUGUGGUGUGUUUCAUGAUGAACUUAGUCAUGUUUUCUUAAUUUCUUGGUUUCUGCAUAGAAUAUAUGCCUUGUAUGUACAGAAAUGGUAAUAAAUUGAUAUUUGUAAA